CGAAUUUGUGUAGCUAGCAUGAGCAAUUUGUUCUGUGCUCGGUAGUAACUCGACUUCAGGAAGGAUUGGUUCGUACUAAGUAGCUGUACGCGCAACAUUGAAUUUGCUUCGAGGUUUACUGAAGAUCUAUCAACAUAUGCGGGUGUAAGUAUCUUGUCCUUUACAGCAUUGUUCUGUUCUGACUAGAGUAAACAGCGGAAAAAGGUUUUGUUUGUUUUGAUUCUUGUUUGAUGCAUAAAGACGAAUUUUUCACGACCCGAGACGGAAAAGAAACUGCGUUGCAGCAUGGGCGGACAGGUUAAGAAGGACAACUACAAGUCCUGGGGUCCCCCUGGAGGAGGGUACUGGGUAUGGAAAGGCAAGAAGGGGAGCGGCAAGGGCGGUGGCAAGAAGGGAAACAAGGCUGGGAAGGGGUGGGAAAUGCAGAUGUCCAAAAAGAUCACGAAGUGGUUGCGUUACAACAUGCGGGACGAGUUCCCUGAAAACGAAAGUAAUUGGGUACACCACACCGCCGUCCCCGGGUUUGGAGAGGAGUUUACGGAGCCGCAGCUGCGUGCUAUCAUCAAAGCUGACCCGGACCACUUACACGCCUGGGACCAGUAUGAUAAGGAGGAUAAGGAGAGAAUGGACAUGGGAGAGGAGCUACGGAAGUUGAAAAGUGCGGGCACAUUCCUUCAUGGUUGCUUUGUUUUUGCCAGAUGCUCUUACUCAGUCUGACUUGACGUUCGACCGUUAUUUUGUGAAUUACCAAUCUUCCUCGUAGAAGAUGCAACGAGUUUUUACGGACCGGUCAGAAAAAUGUGCCUCGUAUCUACCAAUGAAUGCAAUUACGUUCGUUGAUGAUGAGAAUGCUCUGCUCUUGCGGGGAGAUCUACUAGAAUUCAUUGCUUGGUGUAAAAAUAAGAAUGUCGCGUACUUUUCGGUUGCAUAAGGGGGACCGCCAACCGGAUUGUACGUGCGAUCAGUGAAGAAGAACAAGAUCGAAACCAAGGGCAACGACCUGGACGCGUACUGGAAAACCGUUGACAUUGCCUACGCAGUCAAGAACCGGAAGGAAAAGGAGAGGGAGGCUCUGGAGGAGAAGGUAUCUUGAUAUGAUUCCACUUUUUGUUUGGUCGCCUACCUAAGAGUACCUACUAGGUAGCGGAAGUUACCGCUCACUUGUUGUGCUCUUCUUCCUCUAUCUAUGAUGAGCGUCUGUGUCGCUCGCAGAGAAAGUUCCUAUGGCUGCAUUAGAAAUUGCCAUACAUUCAACACGUACAGGAGAAGGAGAACGCUGCGGAGGAGUGAAAUCGUGCCCAUCUUUUGGAAGCUUCGACCUGUGACAAUACAUUAGUGCACCCCCGCACCGUCUCGACGCAAAUUUGGUUCACUAUCGGCAAGUUGUGCGUCUGUGACUCUAGCUAAAACUAUUGUAAUAGGCAAAACUACAAUUGGGCAU